AUGUACACCUCUGCCAUGUACACCACUACCAUGUACACCACUGCCAUCUACACCACUACCAUCUACACCACUGCCAUGUACACCACUGCCAUCUACACCACUACCAUCUACACCUCUGCCAUGUACACCACUAUCAUCUACACCACUGCCAUGUACACCACUGCCAUGUACACCACUGCCAUGUACUCCACUGCCAUCUACACCACUACCAUGUACACCACUGCCAUGUACACCACUGCCAUGUACUCCACUGCCAUCUACACCACUACCAUGUACACCACUGUCAUCUACACCACUGCCAUCUACACCACUACCAUGUACACCACUGCCAUCUACACCUCUGCCAUGUACACCACUGCCAUGUACACCACUGAGGGAUACUAUUCAUAG